GUUUAGCUUCACUCUCGCUGAGACUAGCCUUUUCUUAAUAUGACCUCUCUCAAUGGAUAUGGAAGCAGUUCGAGCACUGUACUGUCGCAAACGAACGGUGUGAAUGGGCACACCAAGAGUCCUCUGAGGACAAAGAUACUAUUAUUAGGAAUGCGGAGAGCAGGGAAGACUUCUAUCUACGAAUAUGUCUUCAACGACCUCCCCGCGAAGCAGACGUUCUACCUCGAGACUACCACCCGUGUGACCAAGCACCACUACGACACAGUCAUACCCCUGGAGAUUUGGGAUUGCCCUGGGACCACCACGCUUGAAACCCUCGAGACGCCCUUGACCCAAUUCUCGACGCUGAUCUUCGUCAUUGACAUCCAAGACCUGUACCAACAACCCAUCUCACGACUGGUCGACUUCGUGAUCUCCGCAUACCAGGAUAACCCGAACAUGAACCUCGAGGUGUUCGUCCAUAAGGCAGACGCAUUGUCAGAAGAGUACAAGAUCGAAAACUUUCGACAUAUUCAACAACGUGUAUCGGAAGAGCUACUCGAUAUCUCUGAGGAAUAUGAGCAGAUCCCAAUCAACUUUCAUCUAACAUCUAUCUAUGAUCAUUCGGCGCACGAGGCAUUCUCGAGAGUGCUGCACAAGUUGAUCGACUCUUUGCCGUUCCUUGAAGAUAUGCUGAAUGUCUUCUGUUCGAAUUCGCAAUCGUCGAAAGCCUUCUUGUUUGAUACAAAAUCACGGCUAUAUGUUGCCACAGACGCAUCACCGGUCGAUCCUCCAACACAUAGCCUGUGUAACAAUUACUUGCAGAUGCUCAACUCCUUCGGACCAUUGUAUAAGUCUGUUUCAGCGAGCCCGUUACGACAAAGAACAAUAUCACCUCCGGAAUUAACACCCACAUCGUCUGGCGUGACGUCCCCUACAACCCCACAUUCAGUUCCUACCUCCGCUUCUGAAACACCUAGAGUCCCCUCCUCUUCCUUACAACACACAUCACCCUCAUCCUCAUCACAACAAGGUCCUUCAACACCAUUGUCGCCAACACAAUCUACUCCUUCCGUUUCCUCCCCGAUCUCAUCGUCCUCCGCAUCCUCAACGACACCUCGUCGCAAAUCCAAGAUCUCCUUCUACCCUUGUGCCUCCACGUCGUUAUCACCGUCGGCUUCCGGAGCGGGUACGACGCUCACGUAUCAUCUCAUUAACCCGAAAUUGGCGUUACUUGCAUUGUUGCCAACGUCAGUGUAUGAGAGCCGCAGGGGUUUGGUGGAGUAUAACGUCGUGUUCUUUAGGGAGGGUGUGCAGGAGAUAUGCGAAGUCGAGGACGAGAUACGGAAAGGUGGAGGAGGGUGAUGAGAAUUGAUGAAGCAGGAGUUAGUUAGUAUAGAGCAUCUUGGAAUUAUGCUAUUUUUCUGUAUGUUUGUUUCGCCAUCGCGACUCCGCAUCUCCAGCAGCAAGUACAACUUGCAACAUGUUUUAGCGCCCACGU